ACCCUACAGUAUAAAUCCGAUUUCUCAUCGAGCUUUUCAUGUAUUAUUUCAUGAAAACAAAUUCAUGCGCAUGCGUAUAACAGAUUUUCAUCAGGGGAUUUUUUUAUCAAUCAAUUGGUGGGUGAAAUUUAGUUUUCCAAGUUAUUAUUUCAAUGAAUUACGAGUGAAACGAUUUCAAGUGUUUCUUUUUCGACGAUUUUUUGAAUAAAUAAUUAACCCAACUUUCAGCCCACAAACGAAUUGAAAAUGUAUUGAAAAGUGAAUGUUGGAAAUUUGUUAUGUUAUUUCCUAAAUGGAUGUGAAUAAUCAAAGGAACCGUAAACAAAAAACUCGAUAACAUCGAUUCAAACAAGAAGAAAAGAAAAACUUUGGAAACACAGUAUGGAGCAACAGGAUGAGGCUUAUCACACUUGAAAUGGAACAAAUGAUAAUUUUGUGCAAACAUUGACAAAAUGCCCAGAGACGGUGAAAUAGCUGCCAUAUUCAAUCCUCGACGGGUUCGGGCACCAUCCGUUGUUGUCACUGGCGAUUCACCGAAUGGUCCCUUUAGCGGCUUUACGAAUGUUGCGAACACUACCACUCCCCAAUUGAUUCAUUCAGAUUCUAUAGCGUCCGGGCAUCCAGAUACCGUUGAGAGUAUUGUUUGCAUUCAGAACAAUGCAUCAACGCCAACAGCCGACACAGCUCCAACGCUGCCGAAUUCUUCUCGAUCCAGCAACAAAUGCAAAGAUUCCUGUUGCUCAGAAUUGGCUCAGAAGAUGUAUUUCGGCGUAUGUGUGACCAUACUUGUAACGGCCUCAUGGGUGGGCGCAACGCAUUGCAUCAAAUUCUUAUACAUUCGACGAAGUAGCGUAACACAUCAAACUAUUAUAUCCGAUGACAUCGAUAGUAAUUCAUCAGUUUUCUACAUUUCAAAGAUGACGACGAUACGUGAAUUUAAUGCACCAUUUUUUGCAUCAUGGUUUUGUACGAAUUUUGCUAUUUUAUUCUUUCCGAUAUAUUUACUGGGUCGGAUUGCGGUGAAAAAGUGCGAAAGUCCGAGUGAAAUGCUGGGUGAUGUUCUGCGCGGCUUACGGGAUCGUGGCUUUACACCAGGUCGAUUUUUUAAUCGUUGCAUCACAUUUUGUGUUCUAUGGCAACUUACUACGUACUUAUAUGCAUUAUCGUUAAGAGCCCUGUUAGCCACGGACGUGAUGGCCCUAUUUGCCACGAAUGUUGCGUGCGCUUAUCUUUUAUCAUGGGUGAUACUUCACGAACAGUUCGUUGGAGUUCGAGUAAGUAAAUCGACCAAACGUAUACUUGUGGCCACGAUCAACCAAUUCCAAUUUUUUAUCCAACAGAUUGUAGCUGUAAUAAUGUGUGAUACAGGAAUUGCGUUACUUGCCUAUAUGGACGGCAUAACAGGGAGUCCUACAUUAGGCGGAGUUGUGUUAGCUGUUUUAUCAGCUGCUGGUUACGCAGUCUUCAAAGUGAUGUUUAGAAAGGUCAUGCGUGAACCACCUGUUGGCCAGGUAGCGUUCACAUUCACAAUAUUAGGAUUUAUAAAUGCGUCGCUUAUAUGGCCGGUGUGUUUGGCAUUGUAUUUUUCGGGAACGGAGAGUAUGCCGUGGGAACGUGUAUCUUGGAUUAUUUUACUUAUAGCCAGUGUACUGAUGUUAGUUUUUCAUAUUUUAACUCAGUUUAGUGCUGCGGUCACAUACAAUCUGUUCGUAACAUUAGGAUUGAUUACUUCGGUUCCCGUUUCGGCUGCUUUGGAUGUGGUGCUUUAUGGUGCGAAUUUCGCUGGUAUGAAAUUAGCUGGUGUAGUACUGAUAUCAAUUGGAUUUUUCCUAGUCAUGUUUCCGAAUAAUUGGCCCGAUUACAUAACAAGACUUAUACGAAAAACUGGUCGUGCAAUCCUCCGAAACCAAUGUUGUUGCGAAUUCGCCGAAAUUGAUUACGAUAAGUCGAAAUAUCAUCUUGUUGGGUCAUUCUGCGAGAUGGGGUCGAGGUCCCCACAGCAGAACAUCUGGGGGUCAUCAUCCCGCUGUCAUAGAUUAUCGGACGGGUUACAUUCGAUCCCAUCUUCGCUCUCCAUCUGGCAGGGUCAGAUGACUGAAUACACACUUCCAACCACCAAAUCGAUCAAUAAAACAAUGUCUGAAACCAAUUUCAUGGAUACACGAUUUGCACGAAAAUAUUCCUAUGUAUCAACUGAUUGAUUAAUCAAAUUAGCGAUUUGUGUUGACGGUUUUUUUUUGUGUUAGACAAUUUUGUAGCGAAAACGAAUGAAAUUGAAAUUGCAAAGAAGAAGGAAAAAAUUAUAAGACAAAAAGUUUAGUCGAAAGUUUAAAAUAGUAAAAACCAUAAAAUAUUUGUAUUUAAAUAUAGGUGUUCGCGUGUUGGAACUUGUAGUCAAAAAUUAUGUAAAAAUUCAAAAUAUAUCACAACCAAAAAUUUAUUUACACGGAUGCAUUAAACAUUAUGUCGCAGAAUUUGUUAAGUUAUAGACAUGAAGCAAUAUUAAUUGAAUCGAAUUUGUAUUUUUUUAAUUUUAACUAAUUGAGUCUGACGAAAUGUAAUUUCGACAAUGCGAACAAAUUGCGAAUCUUUGGAAGUAUUGUCAUUUUCUAGAGGCGUUAUUAACUGUUCUGUACUGUAGCCACUAGAAUUCUGCCAUUUUAAACCAAAAUAAAAAAAAAAUCGAAUUUGUGUUUCGGGCUUUGAAGAGCUUUCGAGAGCUCUGCGUUUCUUUUGUAUUCCAUAGAAAUCUAUCACUUUUCCAAUGAAAUCCAAAAAGAGCUCAAAGCUUUCGAAAGCUCUGCGACAGACUCAUAAAAUACGAUACGCUGUUUUGGCUUAACCAACAGUUUUGAAAGUUGUCAGUAAUAGCCAGAAGAAGCCAAGCUGGACAAUAAAGAAAUGAGACGAUUGACAUUUCCCAUUCGCGCAAUCAAAACGAAUAUUUACGCGCUGAAAUAUGAAAAGUUGUUUUUGGUUUAGAUUGGAAUAGUAGUACAGACCGAACUUAACCUGUCAAAUACGGCUAUUCGUCUGUUAAUUGAGGUACGAGAUUUGAAAUCAACCUAUUAAAAAUAAUUUGAUCGAUGGAAGUAAUAGACCCGAUAAUAUCAUACUGGUCUUAUGAUUGUCGUUUGUAAUGGGUUAAAUCGGAAAGUUUAAUCUAAAAUAAUAUGUUUGACCCGACGUGCAAUGGAUGAUAAAAUUUCUUUAAGGUGAGAUAACUUAAUUAGCUAAAUAAUUCCCGUCAGCGCUGAUAAAUUUAACAGCCAACAGUUAAAUUCAUCCGGGUAAAUUUAUACCAGCCUUUGGUAGGUUGUUUGUCCAGUUAAAUUUAACUGAUAAGACGUAAAAUUUAUCAGCGGUGACGUGCAUUGGAGCUUGCAACGCACUGUGCGUUGGACAGUGCUUUGGAGCUUGUCAUAGAGACUUUGUGCUACUCAAAUUAAUUUUGAAAAUUUCGAUUAGAUCACUCUUAAUCAAAAGCUAUGGCUCGGAAGAGAUUUUAUGUUUUUCAAAUGUUCGAAUGCUGCAAAACUUUUUGUUAUAAUUGUGUAGUGACACAAAAUAAAGCGUAGAUUGUGUGGUAGUGACAGAAUAAUAGAAAAACGAAUCAAUUUUGAAAGAGACUACGAAGAACCUUUAAACAUUUAAAGCGCUGAAUGAUCUGAACCAAACACGAAAAGGGUUUUUAUGAAUGAUCGAUUUAGUAAAAAAGCAGAUUUUUAAUGCGAUGUUAUAACGUCCGAAGACAAUUUGAAUGGAGAACUCAAAACUUUUAAGAUGUUUUAUGUGAUUUAAAAUGAAAUAAGUGGCAACAUUUCUAAAUCAAUGGCUGAGAAAAGUGCAAAGAUUUUAGUGAAAUAUUGUCCUAUCAAAUUAAGAACUCAAAUUCACUAAUGGUGAUCGAAGCAUUUAGAGGUAAUGAAUAAGAGUGUAAUUACUUCACAGAAACAAGCCUAAAACUGUGGAGACAAUAAACCAGUCAACGUGUUAACACGAAGAAAAUGGAUUGCAUAAAUUGAAUGUCUUUGUUGUCCCCACAGCUAGUGGUUGCGUUAAUUUUGUGGAGCACUUUAUUGUCCAUAUAUUUCCUACUUAUUUGUUUGCUGGUUGGCCAAAGCGCGUAUUAUUUCUUGAAAACUUUUAUGGAUAGUUCUCAUUAUCUUUGGUCAUUGAUUCAGAAAUCCUGGAACUGAUAGCACCACUUUUACCGGAAACAGACUAUUUUUGUCUUUAUUUGAGAAUUUUCUAUAAACUUUGCAGAAUGUUAAAAUUUUCAAACAUUCAUACACUGAAUGUUUGUCAGUCCAUAAGAGAUGGGUGCAGCCUCUUUAGGAGGAAAAAAAGCUAUUUUGUGUUGAGUCAAUAAAAAUCCAUUCUCAAUUUCAGAAGUGAUAUUAAAUUGAUAAAAAAAAUAUUUAAAGGAAAAAACUGUUGUUGUUUAAUGAACACCGAAUUUGAAUAAAUUAGGAAUUAAUUAAUUAAAUUAGAUGUAAGCAAUGUAAUAAAUGUCAAUCUAAUUUCAUUUAAUUUAAUGUAAUUUAACGAAGUGAACACUUUGGACAACUAUUUAAAUCAAUAAAAUUAAUAAUUUAAA